AUGUUAUCCUCCCAGCACCCUGAGCUCCUUAUUUGCGUGGCAUCCCAUCUUACCACAAGUAGCGAUAUAAAUUCGCUAUGCGCGAUCUUCAGCCCGGGUCUCGAUCACCCCUACGUGACCCUCUGGGCGGCAGCAAAUGGCAAGGAACACACUCUGCGACUCGCAACCCAAAUCGGAAAUGAUCUUAACGUCGCUGAAUCCUAUGGAGGAAGUACGCCGACGAGGUUCCGCCAUGUACCCUGCGUGGAGAUCCUCAUGGCAGAAGACAUCAACGUCCACCUAGAGAUCCGCGAGAGGGAGCUCGGCCUAACCGCUCUGCAAUACGCAGCAAGGAGCACUGACCUAGAGAUUAUGAAACUUUUUCUGCGCUGA